CAAAUUUCUUCUCUGGUUUCAACUUUUGUCAUUGAUUAAAUACAAUAGUUGGUUUUAAUUUAAUUCUUAUUAACCUUUAUGCUGAAAUCUUCUUUAUAAAAUUAAGGAAUCUUUAUUGAAAUUGGGUUGCUCAUCUAUCUUUGUUAUCAUAACUAAUUUAUCCGGUUUGAUAAAAAUGUUGGUUACUGUUACGAGAGCUAAUAAUCGAAAAUCUAAGUGGUCCUUAGAUUAUAAUACAAGGAAUAAAACAGAUAAGAAUUCAGAGGUCGCUUCCCCUCCAGGUUAUAAUCCAUCUCUAGUCCAAAUUCACACAGAAACAAAUAAGGAAUCAGACCCUAAUCAUCUAAUAAUUAAAAAAUCAUGGGAUCUUGCAUUAGGCCCUUUAAAACAGGUUCCCAUGAAUCUGUUCAUUAUGUACAUGUCAGGAAAUUCAAUUUCCAUUUUUCCCAUCAUGAUGGUUGGCAUGUUGGUUAUCAGGCCAGUUAAAGCGCUCUUCACAAUGCAACACACCUUUAAAAUGAUUGAAGGAAGCCAUGCAGCUGGACAGAAGUUUGUUUACUUCCUUGGCAAUAUUGUUAAUAUAGCUUUAGCAUUGUACAAAUGCCAGUCAAUGGGGCUUUUACCAACACAUGCUUCCGAUUGGCUGGCAUUUGUGGAACCACAAACACAACUUGAGUAUUCUAGCGGGGGAAUAAAUUUAACAUAAAGUAUUUUUCUAAUUUAUUUUCCUUGCAGUGGAACAUAAAUAAUGAGAAUGUAUGACAGUUGAAGUGAAGAAACAUAAAUUAUGUAACAUUAUGUACAGUUUUUAUUUUAUAAAUUAAAAUACAGAUCAUAAAUAUCUAGAUGUUAUGAAAGAUUAUAACUAUUUAUUUAUCCCUUUUUUCAUUUCUUCCCAUUUUCUUUGGCCACCUCUUCUAAAUAGAGUUUAAACUUGUUUAAGAGGGUUGCUGGAUCUUCUACUUUCUGUACCUGUCAACAUCAAUA